CGCUCAUGAGCCCCGAUGCAGGGCUCUCUGAGGGGGAGAAGGCAUGACUCUUGCGUCGCCUUCCGACCACCACAGACGCAAGCGCCAAGUAGAGACGCGAGAGGAGAGAGCAAGCCUCCCGCGCACGAGCAAAGCGACCGCUCUCCCGAGGCACGAUCUUUCCUCCUUCGGAGCGGCGACUUUGGCCGCGAGUCACACACCAGCGCUGCCCGCCGCGUAUAAGGGCACGCCCUCACCGGCGUCCGGAGCCAUGAGGCCGCCACAAGCUCCCGCCUCGGCCGCAGCAGCGUCCAUAGCGCAGACAGACAUGCCUCUCUCCGUGCUGCACGCCUCCAAACACAGCACGGAUGCGGCGUCCGGCUCCGAGCCCGACGUCGACAUCGAGGCCGCGCCUGUCGCGCUCUCCGUCGCCGCAGACGGCUCGGCGCCGCCACAGGCACAGACGCAGCCACCACAGCAGCCCGAGGAGCUCGACAUCGAGCACCAGCUCGUCACCAACGACCCGCGCCUCUGGUCUGCGGCGCGCAAGUGGCUGCAGCUGGCCAUGCUCAGCUUUGGCGCGCUGAUCCCUACCAUGGCGGCAAACAUCUUCUUCCCUGCCAUUGCGGAGCUGCAGAACGACUUGAAUGCCACACAGGCGGAAAUUGCCCUCAGCAUCUCGUUGUACAUCCUCACUCAGGGAAGCUUUCCAUUGCUAUGGAGCCCGCUGAGCGAGAUCGUGGGCCGGAGAGGCUGUUUCUUCUCGGCAAUGACCAUCUUCAGCGUCUGCACAGGCGCCGCCUCGGCAGUGCGCACCAUCGGCGCGCUCAUUGCCCUGCGCAUCUUGGGCGCGGCGGGCAGCAGUGCGAUGCUGAGCGUGAGCGCGGGCAGCAUCGCCGAUAUGUAUGAGCCUUAUGAGCGCGGCGUCAAGGUGGGCAUCUACUACUCUGCGCCACUCCUCGGGCCCGCUUUUGCACCAGUCAUCGGAGGUGCUCUGACACAGGCAGGCAGCUGGCGCACCACCUUUUGGUUCAUGGGCGUCAUGGGUGCCGUCUCUUGCUUGAGUUUCGGCUUCUUUCGAGAGACUUUCCGGGUGGAACGCAGCUUAGCUUGGCAGAAGGCGAGGAAGCGAGCCCAAGCGCGAGCAGACGCCAUGCCGGCGGGCAAAGAGCGACGCUCGCUUCUCGCGCGCCUGCACGCCAGCGGCGCUGCCUGCCUCGGGCGCUGCAGGCCUGCGUCGCCGUCGUCCAGCUCGAGCUCGAGCGCGGCAGCACAUGCCGUACAAGCACGGGCGUUCCAGGCGCCGGCCUAUUUCGAUGCCCCCGCUGCUACUGCACCCGCCACAGCUCUCCCGAUGGCCACGCCGACGAUGAUGAACAAGACCAUUUCGCUGCAAUACGCGCAUGCAGACGUGCAGCAGCAGCGUCCCGCGCUCAAGCAUGCUGUCACGGCGCCUCCUGGGCCGACACUCACGCGUGCUCGCAGUGCCGCGAGCGUCAAGAGGGUGAUGACUAGUGAUGGCACCGAAGUCAAGUUCAAGCCGAGCUUCGGCGAUGUCAGUCCGCUCAACAACAUCCAGACCGUCCUGCGCCAGCCUCACAAUCUCAUCUCGCUCAUCUACUCGGGCCUCGCUUUCGGCUCCCAAUACUCUCUCUCCUACACUGCCGCCCGCACCUUCGCGGGCGCGCCGUACAACUACCCACCGCUGCUCGUCGGCCUCGUGCUCCUGGCGCUCGGCCUGGGCGGCAUCGUCGGCUCCGUGCUGGGCGGCAAGCUCUCCGACCGCCGGCUGCGCAGCUUCCAGGAGAAGCACGGACGCACGGCGCCGCCGGAGCAGCGGCUGCACAGUGUCAUACCGGCCAUGUGGCUGUGCCCGCCUGCAUUUGUGGCGUAUGCAUGGACGGCGCAGAGACACACCAACAUCGCUGGCCCCGUCAUAAGCCUCGUCAUCCUCGGUUUUGCCGUGUUCUGGGUGUACGCAAGCACGCUCUCCUACAUCGUCGACUCCAACAAAGGCCAAAGUUCCGGGGCCGUGGCAUGUAACAGCUGCUUCCGCGGCCUCGUCGCCUUUGUGGCGUCGGAAGUGGCGGGCCGCCUGCAGGACGCGAUUGGCGAUGGCGCGCUCUACAGUGCCUGGGCCGUCAUCCUGGCGCUGGCGCAGCUGGGCCUGCUGCUGGUGGCGUACAGAGGCGAGCGCUGGCGAGCGGAGGAGAAGAGCGCCUGGAGCUGGUUGCGCCUGCCGCGCAGCAGCAGAAGGAGGUCGGCGAAGGAGGAGCAAGAGCAAUAGCCAUCUGCCGAUCAGCCGCCUGCCGUCGUGCGCCGGCUCCGCAGCGCUGCUUGCUUCACUCGCGCGCCCUGCAGCCGCAAAGCGCACAAGGGCCAGCGUGCGAAAGGCGAGCGCGAGAAGCUGCAGUAAGAGUGCUGCUCAUCGGCGGCGGCGCCGAGAGGGAUGCUCGCCCGAGCGCCGAC